AUGUCGACGACUGCCUCGAAGACAGACAGCCGAACCGCCGACGCCGUCGCCAUGCAGAGCAUUUCGGACUCCGAGCCCGCCACCACAGCCACCGCCGAUACCAGCGCAGCGACGGCUGAUGAUGUCAACAAGAACGGGAACAAGACUUCUGCCGACACCAACGACCACGGUUCCGCCCCCGAACCUCCCAUCAAGGAGAGGCAAGACUCCAUGGCUAUCGGCCCCGACCAGGUCGGCGACGGCGGCGACGACGACCACAAGGACAAUGCCGGCCCCAUCUGUAACAUCACCCUGCUCCUCACCAGCGGUAGCCGGCACCCUUAUAAGAUCAGUGCUCGCUACCUCAGCCGCAGAAAUGUACCCAUCCCCGAAGUCACCGACGCCGGCCUGCCCGACCCCUUCAGCAUCAGCGUCUACACCCUCAAGGAGCUCAUCCUGCGCGAGUGGAGGUCCGAUUGGGAGGCCAAGCCUGCUAGCCCCAGCAGCAUCCGUCUCAUUCACUUUGGAAAACUGCUUGACGACAAGGAGGCCCUCAAGACCUACCAGUUUCUCCCCGAUAGCCCCAAUGUGGUGCACAUGAGCAUCCGUCCCCAGGAUCUCGACGAGGAGGAGCCCAAGUCAGGAGGCAAGGCUACCUCUCACGGCGGAGCUGACGGCUCACGUCGUCGCGUCGGCGGCUGCUGCGUCAUUCUAUGA